UUCAAAUGGGGGGUUUAUGAUUCAGCUGCAAACUCUAGUGUGGAAACUGUAAUUUACCCUUUCUUUUUCCUCAACAAAGGCGCAUUAGGUUUUAGACCAGAGCUUGUUGCGUUGGACAUGGAGGUACCGGCAGAGAUGGCGAAGGCCGAAAGCGGUGAGUCAUCAACCAUAAGGAUAUAUGUAGGAGGUUUAGGCGAAAGUGUAACGGCGGAGGAUUUGAAGAAGACAUUCUCAACACCACAACUUGGAAAAGUGGAAUCUAUGGACAUCGUUCGAACCAAAGGCCGCAGCUUUGCUUACUUGGAUUUACUUCCUUCUUCCGAUAAAUCCUUAGCCAAGCUUUUCAGCACGUAUAAUGGAUGCAUGUGGAAAGGUGGAAGACUUAGAAUAGAGAAGGCAAAGGAGCAUUUUUUCCUUCGUUUGAAACGUGAGUGGGAAGAAGAUGCUGCACUUGCCACUACUUCUGCCCAUCUUCCCGAUACAGAAGAAGAUGCCCAUCUUGCCACUACUGCAGCUGAAAUGAUAAACUCCCUUAGAUAUCAGAAGAAAGGGUCCAAGAUGGACGAAAUGCAGCUUCGGAUGUACUUCCCUAAGUUAGGAAAGUUAAAAUCAGUGCCUUUUAGAGGAACUGGCAAGCACAAAUACAGUUUUCAGCGAGUGGACGUUCCUUCAUUACCUAUCCAUUUUUGUGAUUGUGAAGAGCACUCUGGUCCUCCUCAUACAACCAAGCAAAAAUCAUUUGUUGAUUAUGACUCAAAGAAUGUUGGAAUCGAUGAGAAAGAGCUGAACAUUAUGAACUCAGUGUUGAACAAAAUUUUUGAGCGAGAGAACUACUCUGAGCAGGCUCCUAGGGGUUUUAAAUCAUCUAAGGUAGUUCGAGGCUCAAAAGUUACAGUUGAUCAUUUGAAGAAUGAUAAGAAUCUAAUCAACCAAGAAAUGGAAGAUGGUGAUAACCUCAUUCUCAAUGUGGUGGCUGGUGCAAAUGAUAGAACCACUGUGUUAAAAGAUCCAACACAGGAAGCAAUGAAAGCUAAUGAGAAUUUUGUCGACCAAGAAAUGGACGAAGAUGAUGAUAACCUUAUUAUAAAUGUAGUGGCUGGUGCAAAUGAUAAAACCACUAUGUUCAAAGAUCCAACCCAGGAAGCAAUCGCAGCUCUUCAGAAUUUGCUAUCCAAGGAAUCGCGACUUGCUACAGAUAAACAAAGGCAAGGAAGGAAGAUGUCUUCCAACAGAAAGAGAAAAGCACCUGCAGAAGAUGAAGAUGGCGAGGCACAUACUUUGCCAUCUAAACCUGAAGCAAAGAGAAAAGCACCUUCAGAAAAUAGUAGUGCCACAUUGCCAAAGAAGUCUCCAUGGAAAGAUCUCGUUAGUGCAAGUAGUGGUGCUACGUUCAGUGUAUCGGAUAUUCUGCCAAGUGCUAUUCCUGGUAAAGAGAUGCAGUCUGGCUCUGAAGGUGUUAGUGUGUCCUUCUCUGACAAAAAAGAUGAGAAAGUAUCAGAUCAGUAUGACAAAAAAGAUCACAUUAGCGCGAGUAGUGGUUCUACAUUCAGUGUAUCAGGUACUCUGCCAAGUGCUAUUCCUGGUAAAGAGAUGCGGUCUGGCUCUGAAGGUGUUAGUGUGUCCUUCUCUGACAAAAAAGAUGAGAAAGUAUCAGAUCAGCAUGACAAAAAAGAUCUCGUUAGAGCAAGUAGUGGUGCUAUGUUCAGUGUAUCAGAUGUUCUGCCAAGUGCUAUUCCUGGUAAAGAGAUGCAGUCUGGCUCUGAAUGUGUUGGCGAGAAAGAUGAGAAAGUAUCAGAUCAGCAUGAAGAGCUGGGUAAAGUUGCUGAAGAUGCAACUGACAAUGUUGAUGGCCCUGUGGAUCUUUAUGCCAGAGGUGCUGCAUGGCGACAAAAAUUAUCGUGGACACAGUUGGUUCGUGAUACCACCAGUUCUUUUAGCAUUUCACAGGUUUUGCCUGGUCUAAGUUAUCCAAAAUCAGAGUUGGCAGUGAUGGGAGUGACUGUAAAGGUUCAAAAAUGUAGCAGCACGGGUAAAAGCGAUUUCCAAGAUACUUCUACAUCUGAGGAAGGGACCAAAGCUGAUGCUCUCAGUGUCCCUGGAACUAGCAGUGGGGGUACCAUAGUAGAGGAGCAGAAGAAUGUUCAUCUCAGUAAAGAGCUUCCACAUCUGGAUAAUUAUCAGCAGAAAGGAGAAGUAAUGAAUGAAGCCUUGGCUCCAACUCCUGAAAAGAAACACCUAUCUGCAUCAAAACAAGCAUUUGUAGGAGAUACUAGCUUCAGUGAUACUUGUUCUUUCAUGAGGAGUGCUGCUUCAAUGAAAGAGUGGACAAAAACAAAAGCAGCACUGAGUGGGUCACUCAAGAAGAAGGCUAACGAGAAAAAGUAGUGGAGAUUUCAGAAUAGCUUCUUGUAAGAUGUGACUGCUUCAAGUUACGUAGACGAUGCAUUAGCCUGUGUUGCAUUGUAGUAUGCUUAUGGAAAGUUAUAAAGAGAAGAUGCCGCGUAUUUCGAAAAGCAGAGAUAUCAAGAUAUCAGAGCGUUUGGUAAAUGAUUGUUCCUUUGGCACCAGUCUUAUGAAGGCCGCAUGCAAAAAGUCAUUGCGGGUGCUAAACUGUGGCAGCUCUUAUAAUAUGUCAAGCGAAGUACUAAAUACCAUAGCACUAUGAGAUUCCUUUGAUUUUUGUCAUAUGCCUAAAACAUAGAAUAUACAGAUUUUGGUUGUUGAUCUCAAACUUUUAUUUGAGUGGACAGAGCAGAAAUUUUGAGAAGCUGUCAUAUGACUUUGGAUUGAAGAGACUGCAGAAUUCUGUAAUUGAGCCUGUAUAGCCAUCUCGGGAAGGCAAUGUUUUAGUCUGUAUAGCCAUCUCGGGAAGGCAAUGUGUGUGUGUGUGUUUUAUUUUUUUAAGAGAAAUGUUGGAUGAAUAAUUCUUGACCAACAAAAUGUUGAAGACUUGAGAAAAGACUAGUAACAGCUGAACGUCUCACCUGAGUGCCAAAAUUGUUGAAUUUGUGUAAUC